AGUUUUUAGUUAGCUGCAAUCGUUAAACACAUUAAAAUGUCAUUGCCCUCAACAAAAGCAACAACUGCGACAACAACGCAUGCCGUUGUGCAGGCGGUCGAUACAUAUAUACAAAAUCAAAAUUUACUGGGUGAAAUAGCCGAACUCGAUGAGCUGCUCUACGAUUUGAUUGAUUUGCACAAGGACAGUGAAUUGUCCCUUAAGCGUGUGCUGCAGUGCAUUUACAACUUGCUGCAAAGCAACAACAAGUAUAAUGUGAAAUUCGGACCGAAAAUAUUUCACAAGCUCAUUUCGGUUGUGAUCGCCGACAGAAGAGAUGACGACGAUAGCGGUACACAUGGUCUGCGCCGUCAGCUGGUGGCCAAUGUGCUCGUUUGUGUGCAAAUCCAUCUGCGCAAGUACCCGCGCAUCGAUGGCAAAUUCCUGCUGCGCCAGCUCUGGUCGCUAAGUCUAAGCAGCGAACGUCAGCCGUAUGCUGCCCAAAUCCUCGUGCAGCUUUUCGAUGAUUUUGUUCGUGAAUUGAGCGCAGAAUGCGCAUGCUCCAUCGAGCUGUACACCGUCAUAAAAACCCUGCUGCAAUCGGAGUUGCGCGAGCAUCGCAAGUCGGCUCACUUUCUUAUGAGAAAACUCCAAAUGAUAAUGCUGACGGCAAAUGCAGAAGCCACAACUACUCUAAGCACACUCGUGCUCGACAGUCUCAAGUGCCGCGAGACUCACUGGUCUUCCUAUGUCACCAUAAUGGAGACCCUUGAGGAGCAACAAUCGCAUUUGGUGCUGCCAACGCUCGGCACACUGUUGCCCCGUAUUGCGUCCAGUAAUCAGGGCGACGAAUGGCUAAGCUGGUUACGCAUCUUGUAUGUCAAACUCUUGCAAGAUAACAAUAUAUUGGUGCUGCGCUGGACAUUAUCGUAUUUUUUUAAGCACUUUGACGUGGCUAAAUUGUUGCGCCUCAAUCUGCUGGCCGAAUUCCUAGCAGCCACAAAUAGAACACAACUGUACAAUGUCGAAUGUAACGUGCUGCCCGCAUUAGAUGUGGAAAAAUUCAUUUCGCCGGCCGACACUCAACGAUUCUUAGAAGCAUUGGUUACGGUGCCAUGGGUCUCGGUACCACUGCACUUUUGGCUACUCCAUUGCACUGAGACGAAGACGCUGCAAGUUGCAUCCUACAACAAAAACGUGUUGCUCAAACUCAGCUCACGAGUUCGCACGUUGAGAAAUUCGAAAAUACGGAUGAACUGCAACAAAUGCGUAUUUCUGCUAUUAGAGGACACCAUCGAAAGCCUGACACUGGCCGAUUAUCUGAUUUUCAUUGAGACACUUUUCAACGCAAGCGAUGAUUUCUACUCGGACACCAAUCGCUUGAUCAGAAAAAUUAAAAAUUGCGACAAUAUAAAGGAGAUCGUUUACUUUAGCAAACGUUGCUACGAUAUUAUUUUCGGAGAUACAUGCCAAAGUGAUUUCGUAAAUGAGUUUAUCAAAUUAUUAAAUUAUUUGCCAAAGGAUCGACACGGUUGGGGCCGCUUUUUACCACUGUCUCGUAGAGCUAACUUGGAAUCGAACUUGGAGUUCUAUACAAAUCAGUAUAAUGUGAAUAUCGAAUAUUUUCAAAAAGGCGCACAUAUUAGGGAAUUACAGCAACAUUUAAUGCAACAACUUAACUGUCAAACUAAAGACGAGAAAUCCUAUGUGAUGGAGCACUGUGUUGACUGGUUCGUUCAGAUGCAUCUGAAAAGCUGGAGUCAACUGAAAGAACUAAAAUUGCAGCCGAUCGAUCUUCUAGAACAUGGCACACGAAAAACGCAUAAUCAUCUUGCAAUGCUAUUAGAAACAAUUGACUCACCACUUCCAGACAUUACAAAUAUGCUUGCAAAAUUUGUGGCCAUAAUGAAGAAUGAUAUACAUAGUUCAGUCAUCGCUGUGGCCCUUCUUCAAUAUGCAGCCAAAAAUUUGAACGAUGACGAAAAUGAGAAACUUUUGGAGGAUAUUCUUAUAAUCAUAAAAGAUUGGUCUCUAAUUCUGGGCAUUUUAAUGAAAGCGAAAAUAUUGCCCAAUUCUAUAGUCGUUAACGGCAUUCUUGAUGGCGAUACCAGCACAGGAGAUGCUCGCAUCGAAGCAGCUUAUGUCAACAAAAUUCUCGGUGAUGUAUACAAUGAUGUAGUAUACCGAGCUCAAUGUAUUGAUUUUGUUACACACCAAUCAGACGGUAAAGUAAGUGAUAUAUGUGAUGAGUUGCUGCGCAUCAACAAAGAGUUAACAGAAAAGAAACCGCGUUAUUUUGAAAAUUGCAAAGAGCAUAGAAUCAAAAUACGCAUUGCUAAGGCAUUGUUAACGAUGCAAGGUAAAAUCAAAUGGUCCGAUGAAAUGUGGACAGCAGUGCUGGCGCCCAAUGAUCAGCUAAACAUCAGUUACAUUUACGAGUGUCUCGUUGCUCAGCUGAUGCCCAGCGUGACUACAUUGUUGGAUCGAAUGCAGUCGCUGGCUUCGCUCAAGCCCAGCCAGCAGGUGUCGAUCAUUUCUGUCGUUCACAUUUAUUGCGUGAUCAAUUGGAAAAAUAUUGAAUUUCAACAUUUGCAAGAAAUCGUCAGUUUAAUUUUGCCCCACACAAUGGGAGCACAUUAUCAGACACGUCUUCUCGCUCAGUUGGUUCUUCAUAGACUUGCAGUGAAAUCUGAAGAAAGCAGUAUUGAAUGUCCUAUACUUAAUACAGUAAAGACGAGCAUUGAAAUUACUUUGGGAUCUAAGUUGCAUGACUUGCAAAAAGAAACUCGCCUAUUAUUACCGACGGUAAUAUCUCAAUCUGCUGCUGAUAAUAUUUUGUAUAUGACAAAUACGCCAUUCGACGAAUAUGUCAACUUUAACAUAAGGUUUAAUGAUAAAGUCAUAGAGGAGACGCGAACUGCAUUUAAAUCGAAAAGGAAUUCAUCAACAAAUGUCCAUGGAGUGCUGGCAGAUACAGCAAAUUUAAAUGUUCAGAGAAAAAUGAAUCCUGUAAACGAUAUAUAUCCCUAUAUGGAAUUAGAUAAAGCGGACGGAAAACACCGUGAACAGGAGAUGAUAGUGGUAGCUUCUUUAAUAGAUAAGUUACCAAAUCUUGGUGGCUUAGCACGAACCUGUGAGGUACUGGGUGUCAAGACAUUGAUUUUAGCUGCCAAGUCACUCGCGGAUAAAAGUGACUUUACGAAUUUAAGUAUGACCGCCGAGAAGACCUUAAAUAUUGCUGAAGUUAAGCCUACUGCACUUGCCGAAUUUUUAAUCGAAAAACAAUCGCUGGGAUAUAAAGUUGUGGGUGCUGAACAAACGGCGCAAAGCAUCAGUUUUACAGAUUUUAAAUUUCCUGAGAAAUGCAUUUUGUUGUUAGGACAUGAGAAACAUGGUAUUCCAGUGGAUUUAAUUGCAUUAUUGGAUUUUGCUGUCGAGAUUCCACAAUUUGGAGUGGUGCGUUCCUUAAACGUGCACGUUACAGGCUCAUUAUUUAUUUGGGAAUACUGUAAACAGCAUUCAAAGAAAUAAUAUUGGAGUGCAGCGACGAACAUCUUUAUCGCUCAACAUGUGAAUCGUAGAAAAUCACAUACUGCAAAGGGAUUUUUGUGUAGAACCAAUUUUUUUUAAUACCUUCAUUCAAAUAAACUUUAUAUGCAUAUAAAAUAUGAGAUUUUUGGCUUUCGAAAAGCUUAAAUAUGUAUCGCUGAGAAGGUGGAUUUUGGUUUUGUAAAAAAAUAUUUAUUUAUAUGUCCACUUAUAGUUUAUUAUAUGUGAAUAU